UGCCUGGGUAGGAAAGACAGAGUGGGGAGGGGCCCAGAGUACUGGGUGGAUAAGAUAACUGGGAGGAGGUGUUUAUUUCAGGAGUGCUGUAUCGUCAACACAUACAGAAAUACACCCAGACAAAGAAGCAGGGGGCAAGCAUUAGGCCUGCCGGAACUGAAUGAACUAAAGGAGACGGAGCAAUGUGGAAUGCAUUCACACCAAAAUAGAGCUUAUGAAGAGCACGCAGGUUCGGACUAACGAGAGCAUCAAAGCUAACCCCCCUCAACCCUGAUCUCCAGUCCACUCUUUUCCAUUCAUUGAACGUCUUUUGAGCCUUGGAAAAAAGCCAUGAGCAAACCGGAAACUCUGGCCAGCUGCAUUGCCAAAAUGUAUGACGGCACCAAGGCCGACACAUCAGGGGCCGCAUCUGGAGCUGUGAGGAAACCCUGCAUAAUCCCUGGCUCCGGGAUCGUGAACGCUCUGGGAAGCAUGGAGGUCAAACUGGUCAGGUUAGAGAGCCACGUGGAGCGGAUCGCCUCUGGCCAUGCUGAUGUUCUCCAGAGGCUGGACAUGGUCUGCAAAGGCCUGGGAUGCUUGGAGAAAGGCCUCGCCCAGAUCCAGAGGACUUUGGGAAGAGAAGCAGAGUGUCAGGCUGUCGAUAAUCAAACAGAUCGCUCGACCUCUUCCAAAGAAGGGGUACAGAACGCAUGCUCUGAGGUCGAGGGACCGUGCUGGGAGAACAGGAAGCUGCUCAAGAACCUCACCCAGGAAGGCAAGAGCCAGAGAGAGAGACUUGCAGGUAUCGAGGAAUCGGUUUCCUCUGUGGACACAAUGCUGGAAUAUAUCGCCGAAGUGUUUCAGAGCUCGAAAGUGGUAGAGUUUACUCUGAAAGGAGAUGUGCCGUGGAGAAUUAAAGGCUUGCUUGGAUCAACCAUUUCGAACGGGCAUCAGGGGGAGGAGCAAGAGUACUCCGGAGAACAGAAACCAACGCCUUCCAUCGCAGUUUCCCCAGAGAAAACGCUGGGGGAGAAUGAGGCAUUUAAACUUAUAUCAGAUUCCAAAGUGACUUCACAGGAGAUCAAGGCGGCAAACCAUGACGCUGAUAGUUCAAUUCAAACUGAGCUGGCUCCUCCAACAUCUCCCCAUUGUCCACCCACAAGUGUGACUAUGGCCAAACAAGUAAAUAAAGCCAGUUUUCUGAUUAGAGACGCCCCCAGGAAAGGGACUUGUAGAUCCAAAGAGGUGACUCUGAAUAGCAAGAAGGAACCUGGCAGAGAUCAGACCAUUGUGCGGAAGACUCGGGAUUUACUGGGAAAACAGGAGACAGCAACAGGUCAUGUACGAGAUAGACCCUCUGACGCAAAUUCAGAGGAUCUCGCAGGAGUGAUUACCAAGGAACCCAAGUUUCCCGUACCUGCCUCCCUAUCAAAAACCAAAGUCAACGUGCUGAACACCAAGCAAAGUGUUGUUUGUGAAACCAUCUCUGUCACUGCCAAUGAGCAAGACCACAGCUCCAGCCAUGAGACACCAGCGCUUGAAGAAGCAUCUACAGAACUGAGUCCCAACAGGUGUUUGUGGCAAAGGAACACGAAGGUGGAGGGAGACAAGGGGAAGAAUGCCUUUGUUCAGAUUGAAGGAGUUCUCAGUGAGCCAGGCUCUGUGCAGCAGACCACCCAGCUACAAACAGGGGUACACAAGGAGUUACCAAAGCCUCCUGCUCCGGAAACGGUCUCACUCGUUGGUAGCUUAACAGCAGCCACAGCCCUGCCACAUGCUGUCAUAGAUGACUGUCCCCCUGCCUCUGCCCCCUUCCAACACCGCAUUGUCACUGCCAAGCAGGUCCCCAUGGGCUCCUACUACAGUAUCAUGCCCGAUGAGGUCCUUGGAGGGGGCAGGUUUGGUCAGGUCCAUAAAUGUGCGGAGCUUUCCUCAGGUCUGACCCUUGCUGCCAAGAUCAUCAAGGUCCGGGUAAUGAGGGAACGAGAUGAAGUGAAGAAUGAGAUCGGGGUAAUGAACCAACUGAACCAUGUGAACCUGAUUCAGCUCUACGACGCCUUCGAAUCACGGACAAACCUGAUAUUGAUCAUGGAGUACGUGGAAGGCGGGGAACUGUUUGACCGCAUCGUGGAUGAGAACUACAAGCUGACCGAGUUAGAUGCCAUUGUGUUUACCAAGCAGAUAUGUGAAGGGGUGCAGUACCUACACCAGCAGUACAUCCUGCACCUUGAUCUCAAGCCAGAGAACAUACUUUGUGUGAGUGCUACAGGCAAUCAGAUCAAGAUCAUUGACUUUGGGCUGGCCCGGAAGUUCCGACCACGGGAGAAGCUAAAGGUUAAUUUUGGUACCCCUGAGUUCCUGGCCCCUGAGGUGGUCAACUAUGACUUUGUCUCAUUUCCCACCGACAUGUGGAGCGUUGGCGUGAUUGUGUAUAUGCUUCUAAGUGGUCUCUCUCCUUUCCUGGGAGACAAUGAUGCCGAGACCAUGAACAACAUCCUCCUUGGCCAAUGGGAAUUCGACAGUGAAUGCUUUGAAAAUGUCACUAGUGAGGCCAAAGACUUUAUAUCCGAACUUCUCAUCCCAGCCAAAAGUGGACGACUGAGUGCUUCUGGGUGCACAAAACACAGGUGGUUGAAUAAGCUUGAGGAGAAAGCCAAACACCAUCAAGUAACAUUGAAGUCUCAGAUCAAACUGCAGCGCUAUCUGGCUGCUCAGCGCCAAUGGAAGAAACAUUUCUACGUGGUAACCGCAGCUAACCGAUUGCAGAGGUUCUCUCAAGCUGCCAAUGCGGUGUAGGCUCCUGCCAUUACAUUUUCAAAUCCAUCCAGAAACUGUUACCUCUUUUGUCAUUUAAACCUGCACUAUGUAUAUUUUCCCGUUAGCAGCCCCUAGUGGCUUGAGUUGAAGCUACAGAGUUGUAGCCAUAUCUGUUUUUCUCAUGACAGUUAGUCAGCUGAAAAUGUUGAUGCUUCUUAUUGACUUCACAACUCACGUUAUUUGCUAAGGAAACCAGGUAACUGAUUAGAUCGAUUGACUGAUUAAUAGAAUGUUUCCAAAGAAAAAUAUUCAAUAUUUUUUUUAUUUAGUAGCAGUAGAAAUGUUACGUAGUGGAGGUUUAAAUCAUAGGCGACCCAUUUCAGAUGGAAACAUUUGGCACAUUAUCGUGGGUUUAUUCUUUCGAGUUGUAAGUUCUGCCUAUGUCAAUGUAUUUUUACUUUUGUUUAGUUCAAAUAUAUUAUAUUGUACAGCACACAGGGUUUACAACUGUUUAGCCAUAGAAAUAUAGUAAUAAUAUAAGUGUAAUAAAAUCUGUCAUCUGAAUCAUAAUUCUCAAAAUGUCAUUUUUCCAAAUGAUUAGGUAGCCGUCUGUCUAGCUCCUCACUCGACACAAGAACCAUAUCUGUUCACACCAAUCAGUAGCCAGUUCAGUCAGAUCCGUUUGCAGACCUAGGCAAGAGUCAUAUUACACAAGGUGGUUAGGUGCAGGUGUUGGUCAUGUGGUGUGUUUGGGGUUGCACAUUAUGGGAGUAUGUGUUGUUGAACAUGAUGGGAGACUGUGUUGUUGUACAUGAUGGGAAACUGGUAUCCAUGUAGCCAGAGAGGCUGGAUAUCGCAUGAAUGAGGAAGAGUGAAACUGAACGCACAAAGCAAAGGAACCCUUGACUCGAUCCUAUUCAAUCCUUGCAAUCAACGUCCAACUGUAACCUCAUAUUUCCUUUGAAAAUAAAUGUUUGAUUUGAUCGUAUUCUACAUGUAAUUUCAUGCUGUGGUCGUGCCCAGCUAAAGUAAGGUGUUUGCUGUCCCAACUGUUUUAUCUUCUUAUUACUAGUAGACUAAAGCUAUUGUAUAUUCCCAUCUAAUUCAUCCAAUAUAUAUAUAUAAAAAUUGAAGUUUAAAGCCAUUUUGCCUAUACGCGUCAUAUUUUUUUCCGUCAAGAUGCUAAUAAGUUU